AUGGUUAGUUGGGCCAUCGUGCAGCUUACGGCCCUAAAGUACACCGGGGACAAGGAAGCCGAGCUGAUGGAAUGGACAGGAACCGACAAAAAGUGGCCGCACCUCCAGGACGUGCCGGUCUACAGCGUCGGUCCGGCCACCACGCGAGCACUUAAGUCCGUCCCACAAGAACCGCCGUUGCAAAUAUUUGGGGAGCACACCGGCAAUGGCGACGCCCUAGCCAAGUUUAUACUGGAACACUACGGCCAAUGGUACAAGGGCCGGUCGACGAAGCCACCCUUGCUCUUCCUUGUCGGUGAGCAGCGGCGGGACAUCAUUCCCAGGAGCCUCAUGGAUGCGGAGUUGCCGAGUGACCAAAGGAUCCAGGUGGAUGAAAUUGUUGUCUACGGAACGGGCGUAAUGGAAUCUUUCUCCCACGACUUUGCAGAAAUCCUCAGGGCUACCGAGGACCGGCCGGCACGCUGGGUCGUCGUCUUCUCGCCGACGGGCUGCGACAGUAUGCUGCGCGGCCUUGGGUUGCUGGACGAGUCGACGGGGAAGGCAAAGAGAGAUGGACGUGAGGAGCGCAACACGUUCAUUGCGACCAUCGGUCCGACGACAAGGGAUUAUCUGAGACGCACGUUCGACUUUGAGCCAGACGUCUGUGCCGAGGAACCGAGUCCAGAAGGCGUCAAACGUGGCAUUGUUCAGUUGCUUGAGAGGCACAGGUGA